GUCCAGCCACGCUGGGAGGAGGAGGGAGUGGGGUCCCUGAUGGCACAAGGCAAAAACCCCAGCCCUGGGGAGCAGGAUGAAUCGUCCAAGGUGUCCUGGUAGGUCCCACUGCCCUGCAGGGCCUGGGAUCCUGCUGGGCAUACCUUUUCCCCUUGUCCUCCCCGUGAGUCACUCCCAGGCUCAAUCCUCUUAGUCCCUGAAGCCAGUUCAGCAUCCCCAGGGCUCUGGUGCUCAGGGACACAGCCAAGGGGCAGCCCUGGCCAUGGCCUAGUCUGACCCAGUUCAGGACCCCAUGGAAAGGGAUCUUAGUCAAGAUGGCACCAGUUUUGUUCAGCUGUACACACUGAGAGUGAGUGACAUGUGCCCGAGUGCUGUGGGUAGGGUCACCUUGUGUGUGAUGUGCAGGGUGAGGGGCUCCAGACCGCAGUUCCCCAGCGCUGGGGACAAACAUCUGACAUUUUCUGACACUGUUUGGAGUCAGCAGCUGUUAUGGGUUGCUUGUCCCAGUUCCCUCACCCCCUGUAGCCCCUGGGUGAUGGGCAGGAGCCAGUUGGCACUUCAGGCUCUGGUGAGUCCCUGUGUCCAUAUCCAUCCCCAGGGCAGUGAGAUGGGUGAUUUCCCCCAGGUCCUGUUAUCACUUCCACUGGUGCCUUCUUGGCAUGUGGGCUCCAGCACCCUGGAGUUUGCCAGGCUGUUUGUCCCCAUUAUCACAUCAGCUGCACCUUUGUUCACCACACGUGACUCACUCAGACCUUGCAGGGUUGUUUCCCAAUCAUUCUGUGCCAACAUUUGUCUCUGCUCCCCCAAACACCUUUUAAGACAAAAUUAGGAUAAAAUGCAUUUCUGAGGCUGGGAUCUGGGCAGGGCUGACCUGGGCAGAGCUGGGAGGUGCUGGAGUGGAGCAGGGCUGAGCCUUGAGCUUUGACUUGACACUGAACCUCACCAGCCCGUUCACCCCUCCCAGUCUAGCCUGUGCUGGGAAGGCUUCGGGGUUUCUCCCAAGCUGCUGCUGGUCUGGGCUAAACCCUGCACCCUUGGUGUAGGGGGGGUUGCUUUUGGGGGAAGCAUGGACUCUGCACCCCUCUGCAGUCUGCUCUGCCUUGGGGGGUUGAUACUUGGGGUGACACGUGGAAACCAUUGGGACACUCUUGCCACGGGCUGCUUCACUGUACAGCAGAGGGGGCCCCGUGGGAGCCCCCAGGGCUGAGGCUGCAUCCCCAUCCCCUCUGCCCAUUGCCUUCAGCUCCAAGGGUGCUGUGUCCUCUGCCACCUCAGCCAUCUGCUCCAGGGAUCUGGGGCCUGCUGAGGGAUUUAACCCAGCCCAGGGGAGGGAGGGAAGACCUCGGGCAUCUCUCCCCGUCCCUGUCUUUGGGGGUUCUCCAGCUGCAGGUGACUCCCCACUCCUGGGGGUGCAGGGGUACCAGUGGUACUCCCAGAGGGACAGGAUUUGGGGAUCCUGACCCACAUCAGAGCCCACUGGUCACCCCCCAUGCUGAGGCAGCUGGGCUGUGCCUGGAUUAGCAGGUGCUAAGCUCCUUCUCAGCAACACAGCUCUGUCCCUGGGUGAGUGGCACUGCCACCAGCCAUGGGGACACCACUGUCCCUGUGAUCUGCCAGCACUGAGGAACCUUGUGGACCCUGAUGCCACUUCCCCCUCCGCAGUCCCCUGCGUGGCAGAGGCUUCGGUGGCUUGGGGUGGGUGUGCAGGGAUAGCUGGCCAUGGCCCUGGCGGGGCGAGUACCCCUCCCUGGCACCGAGGGGGCCUGGGGACCACGGCACUUGCUGCAGUCCCCCCCCGAGGAGGAUGGGGUGCUGUAUGUGGACUACAAGCCCCCUGCCCUGGACAGCAUCCGCCUGCCCCGCUAUGUCCUGUACCUGAUGAUGGCAGCAACCCUGGUGCUGUUGGUGGCAUAUGCCAUCGUGGGGCACCUCAUCAAGGACCUGGUGCAUGACUUUGCCGACUGGGCAUUUGGGCCCAAGCCGGAGGAGAAGGAAGGGAUGGCUGAGGGCAUCGUGCUGGAGGCAGAGUGGCUGGAGAAGGACGAGGUGCUGGAGGAGCAGAAGGCGGAGGAUGAAGGCACCAGCAUCCUCCCUGGCACGGACAUCCCGCUGGGGCUGCUCGCUCCACGCAGCUCCGUCUCCUUUGCUGACUCCCCUGAGAAGAGGUUCUUCUAGGGCCAGGGGACACCCCUGGCACCAGCAGGACCCUGCAGCCCUGCCUGACCAGCGUGGCCCUGGCCAUAGGCACUACCCCGCACAAAUAAAACCACCUCCCCCAGCCCUGCGAGCCCCUCGGCCCAGCACAGCACGGGGGGUGGUGGGGCUGGGACAU